GCGAUGGCUGGUUCAAGCGUCAUGCUCGUGAACGGGUGCUGCCAGAUGGGAUGAGUCUGCUCCAUACUGGGUUACUCUAGAGAUGUUAUCUAUUAUACCUAUUAUGUAUUACGUUAACUUAGAAGUUUGAUUUUGUCAUAGCUUCACUUCAUAAGCGAUGGCUGGUUCAAGCAUCAUGUUCGUGAACGGGUGCUGCCAGCUGGGAUGAGUUUGCUCCAUACUGGGUUACUCUAGAGAUGUUAUCUAUUAUACCAAAUAUGUACUGCUUGUAUGUAUAUCGUAUUGUAUUUAUACCGUAUGACACAGCAAUCAAAAUGUGAGUGGGCGUUGUAUUGGUAGCGACAUGUUUUUUUUUGUAAAUGUUGUUACUUCUGUUAAAUGCUGAUGAGUUUCUUGCGCCCAUUCUUCUUAACAGCUAAAAGAUGCCCUGAAUGUAUCGGACGAUUCAAAAGAGCUUUCAUCAUCAUCAUCAACCCAUGUUCGUCUACUGCUGGACAUAGGUCUCCCCUACUGCUCCCGAUUUUGUACUGUGAUGAGAAUCCAGCCCACUCCAGCCAGCCUACGAAUAUCAUCAUCCUAUCUUGUCUAAGGGCGUCCUACACUACGUUUACAAAGUCGUGGUCUCCACUCAACAACUUUCCGGCUCCAACGGCCAUCAGUUCUGCGGCUAAUGUAACCAGCCCACUGCCACUUCAGUUUGCUAAUUCGGUUAAUUAAGAGCUUUAAAUAAGUAAAUUUGAAUAAAGUAUAAUUUAAUUUCAUAGGACCGUGGACUUGAAUUUUAUGGUUUAAAUUUUAACUCGUUACCUUCACGCGUUCCCAAAUAAAGGUCCUGUCUUGACAGACAUACAGACGGACAACAAAGUGAUCCUAUAACAGAUUUGCCGGGUUUUUUUUUGCCAAGUCGGGAUUUGGACCUUAUUGAAUGAAAAAAGCGGGAUUCUUUCGUCGAAAUACUAGUAGUAAAAUAUAUAAGAAAAAUUAUUUCAAAAAAAUAUAUUUUAAAUCAGAUUUACCGUAUCGUUAAACAGUUGUCUUAUUCGUCUUCUGAAUGAAAAAAGAACCAAUUAAAAUAGUUUUUCAUUAUUUUGAUUUCCGAAAAGCGGGAUUGAGCCUGUCCCGCGCGGGAAUUUUGAUUUAAAAAUCGGGACGUCUGGCAACGCUGUCCUAUAUAAGGUCCUGUACGUGCGGCUUGUGUGGGGCUGGCAAGGGUUUCGUGAAUGUUUUGUGUACCCCUCUCUGUACUGUACCCCUAACACGAACCAUUAUCGAAUUCGAAUAGUUUGCAAACCGAAAUGUUAAUGUCAAAUACUGUAUGGAAACUUGAAGAGCAGCGGUACAAAGUACGUAACGAGAACAAAAAAUCAGUACACAUUUGACAAUGACAUUUUGGACUCGAUUCCGAAACGAUACGAAUUCGAUAUUGGUUCGUGCUAGGGGUACUUAAUUGAUGUAUUAAUGUCCUCGCUGCUGGGGCACAGGCCUUCCCUAUGGAUGGAAUAGGGACAUUGGGCCAUGACCCACCGCGCCGGCCCAGUGCGAAUUGGUGGGUGCUAAUGACUGUAGACGCAGCCGGGACCAACGGGUUAACGUGCCUUCCGAACCGGAGCGAAACGGAGGAGUUCGAGAUAGUAAAAUUUUUGGUCACCCAUCCUAUGACCGACCACUGCGAAAGUUGCUUAACUUUAACGAUCGCAGUCGAACGCGUUAACCACUUGAGCCAUCGAGCUCCUCUCUCGCUCUAUAUUAUAUUACUACAGACCUAUAGAUUCCUUAAUUUCAAAUUGUUGCUGUACAUGGAAAUGAGUCAACAAUACAAAUAGACCCGCCCGCGAUUACCCGUCAAUGCUUCUCCAUUAAUACAUUAAUGUAAAUAUAAUUUCUACGCACAUGGAUCAACGGAUGUGUAUCCAUUUGUGUCCGUCCGUUGGUGUGUACCAACGGACUUCCACAGAUAAAAACCGGCUAAGUGUGAAUCGGACUAGCGCACCGAGGGUUCCGUACAAACUUGUAGGUAGAUAUGUAAAAGUUCACCCAUCGCGACAAUCGAGUCAUAGUUAUGGUAUUAUUAUUGCAAAAUGAAAUUUAUAACAUUAUAAUAUGGAAAGCUGGAGGAGCAUAAAUUAAUGACAAAGUUAUUAAGGUUUAAGGCUUAAAAAUUUCUUAAAAUUGACUUCAUAGAUGUAAACCACACAAAAUGUAACUACCGUCAACGAUUUUUUUUCCAAAAUCUAGAUGUUUUAAAGACCCAAAUGAUUGUUAUAGCAUCUACUAAUAGUGUUCACAUAUAAGUUUCAGCACUCUGGUAUUUUAAUUAGAUCAAUGAAUCAGCUGUUGUCAUUGAACUAUUAGUCGGGAAUAAUAGCAUGACUCAAUUAUCUUUUAGUGCUUAGCGGCCAAGGGGCAAAGGGCAUUUGAAAAACAUUUGCCUAUUUAGAUUUUUCUAACCGCUAGAUGUUUAAAUCUAAAGAAAUUUUUAGUAGAAAUAAUUGCACUCAGUCAGUUUUCGAACCCACAUCUUCUGCUAUAUAUUAAAGAAAAAAAAAAAAAUAGUGCGUCCGCCCGGAUAGUGGAAGAUAGUCAUUUUUCAUUAAUUUGUUUUAUCCUACGCCUAAGUAUUUUUUUUAAUAUGGCUACGUUUGUCCCUUCAAAAAAUGUGAGUAGAGUAAUUGUAGCUCCUAUGGUAUUAUUUCAUUUUUAACAUUUUAUAUGAGACUAUUAAUUUUAUUAUGGUAGUGCCUGAUAAUAUCAGUUUCUACUCGUAUUAUAUGGUUAUCCAAAGUUUAUUAACUUUCUAUCAAUUUAAACUUGUCUAUGGUAUCAUUAAUACAUGUGUCACAUAAACAAUUGAUUGUAUUUGGUAAAUUGUAUUAAUAAUGUAAAGUCAGAAGUUUGACAUAAAAUUUUAGUAGGUACAAUUGCCCCGGGUGACCUGUACCCUUAGUACGAGUUUGAGCUCACGAAAACUAUCAUAGUUUUCGAAUUGUAAAUUAUGUUUCUAUGUCCAUUUUGGUGAAAAGUAAUCAAAUAAUCUUAAAAUUUAAGAAGACGCAAAUGAUUUAAUGAUAGAAUUUAAACACUGUUUCUUUGUAUUGAAACGAAAACAAUAAAAUCAGUACCCUAAGUAUGAGUGUGAGCUCACGAAAACUAUCAUAAUUUUCGUAAUUGUAAAACUUGUACUAAGGGUACUUAUUUUUUUUUCUUAACAAUUAAUAGAAAUAUUUUUAAUUCAAGACUUAUUAUUGCAUAAUAUCAAUUAAAUGUACUUUAAUAAAAUCAAGAAAUUCUAUUUACUUGAUUUAAAUUAAAAUGAUCUUAGAGUAACUACAAAUUACUUAGAUUGAGAUAUUUUACUUUAAAAAAGUAUGCUUACUUUACUUAACUUACAAGGGAUAAGUAAACAUUAUUCUUCGUAUGAAGAAUACAUUCACUUGGCUGUACAAAUACAUGGUGUCUUGACUAAAGUAACUCUUGGAUUAAAUGUAUUAUUCUUGUAACAAGUAUAUUUUUUUUAAAUAUUUUAUACUAUUACGAAGGAAAUAUUACUAGCAUAUAGAGGGAGAGAAUCAUUUUCUUGGAUUCAAUAAAUAUGUCCUAAUUCGAAGCUACCAAUAUGUCUUUAUUUAAAAAAUCAAUUUUUAACAUGUGCUACGCCCAUGCUCCGAUUAGAGCUUUUUUGCCUAGAUAUUUGAAUUAUUAAAACUAUAAUACCAAUCGAUGCUAAAACACGGAAACAAAAUAUUCUUACUUUAAACUGGGCGUUAACAAAAGGUUGGUUAUAUCUUUAGAGCGUCCAGGGGCAAAGCCGCCGGCAAAUGGUAGGGGUAGACGAUAAGCUAUUUGAAGUGCCAGCAUAAUAGAAAUUUGCAAGUAUAUACCUGUAGCGGGUCCGUAGGCAAACGCGCGGACGAAUAGCUAUGACCAAGAGUGGGACUAGACCCCUCUUGCCCAGUGGGCACUUUGGGCAAGUGCCCAGGGCCCCACUCAGAUCAAAUAUAAAGUCCCUAGUUCCUGUCAGAUCACAAAACGGUAACUAAUAUUUAUUGCCAAAAAACUUACAUAAUUCGAUGAAAUCGAACCUAAAUUACUGACUACAAUACCAACUUACCAGCUUUUACAUAAGCGAAGCUAUUUUACUCUCGCCCAAAAAUUAGGCUUUCCGACUAGAGCAUGCUUAGAUAAAUUUAAAUAUACAUAUAAUGGUAUACUAAGCACACACAUAGUUAUCAAGAAAAAUCAUCAGUAGUACACUCAUCAGUAUGACUCGCUCCAUUUCAAGUCAUAAUCUACAUCAAAGUCAUAGGGGCCCCAUUAUUCUAGUAUGCCCAGGGCCUCCAUUAGGUUAAAGACGGCCCUGAGUGGGACAGUGUAACGCUGUAUUAUACGCGGCCAUUUGACGUCUAAUUACAGCAGUUUAAGAGGGCGGCAUAUGUAACUAAUAAAAUCACGUCAAAGCAGACCGUAGACAAAUAAGAAAGGGCAGAAAUAUUCCUCAUGUUACACUGUCCCCCACUUGACUCCAUUAAAGUGUCAGCUAAAUAGAAAGUAGCUAAUAUGUAUCUGUAGCGGGUCCGGGGGCGAAGCGACAUAUGCCUCUCCCACUUUGUGCCACAACCUCCGCCUUCCGCAUCCAAUCCACGCAGUCGUCCUCUCCAACUCAUCGGUCCAUCUAGCUCGUUGGCGCCUUACACAAUGCUUACCGGUCCGCUCUUCUCCACUCAAGAAGUCAUCGGCUCCAACGGCCAUCGGUCCUCUGUCCAUUGAUAAAUGUCCCAUUGAAGAGAAGAUUUUGCAGUUUUCCGAAUGCUGCCCAACCCAGUCGAAUCCUCUUAUCGGCUUCUUUCUCGCAGUUGUGUCUACCGAGCUAGCAUAAUAGAAAGUAGCAAAUAUGUACCUGUAGCGGGUCCGGGGGCGAAGGCGCCGGCACAUGGUAGAGGUGGGGCGGCGGCGUGGGCGUGUGCCACGUGACGCCCCGGUCGGCGGGCAGGUGCACCUGCGGCGCGCGCGCGAGGAAGUUCGCCACCUGUAACUGAUGCGUGCGCUGUUUAAUGAGGAUAUAGUGCGAUGCGGUAGAUCGACAACAAGAUGGCUUGACCGAAUUAAAGCUAUAACAGCCUGCCUAACUUUUUUGACAUUUACAGUGUGACACCAUCACCAGCCUAUUAAUGUCCCCACUGCUGGGGCACAGGCGUUCCUUGUGGAUGAAAUAGGGAGAUUAGGCCAUGACCCCCCACGCGGGCCCAGUGCGGAUUGGUGGGUGAUAACGACUACACAUGCAACCGGGACCAACUGCUUAACGUGCCUUCCGAAGCACGCAGGAGGUCGAGAUAGUAAAUUUUUGGUCACCCAUCCAUUGACCGACCACUGCGAAAGUUUCUUAACUUCAACGACCGCAGCCGAACGCGCUAACCUCUUGCGCCUCGAGAUCCUCGAGUUAGUGUGUAAAUAAAGAGAAAAUUACAUAUCCAUCAAUGCUUUUCAGAACUAGUAUCUUAGUGGCGUUUUAAUAGAGCAGAAAUGGAUUACUAAAUAGCUCGGUGACUAACACUUCCAUCUGUCAAAAGCAGUUCGCGAAUAGUUAGAAGGAGUCACGGCGUCGCUUUGUGCGGCGGGUCACCGCCACUGAAUCCACCGAUUUCGCUGAAGUAACGGCCACGACCGCUCUGCCAAAGUACGAUGCAAACUUUUUGGCGAUCGUGAAGUUAGCAGCAAGCGCAAUUAUGCGCAGGUUUCAAUUCAGUGACAAAAUGCGCAAGGCUGCAUCAUCCUACUUUUUGUUUACUGCCGCCACUAAGGACUUGAGCACAUGUACAGUACAGUUGUGCAGAUAUACAUUGACAGCAAAAGAUAAAACAGAUAGCUUACUGCAUUGCCCAUUCUCUCUAUGUGAUUCUGUACAUAGAAGGUGCAUGUGUCCUGAUUUCCUAACAUGAAGGCUGAUGAUGACAUGAUUCACAGCUGAAUUCAGUAAAUAUAUUGUACUGCACACUUGAUGCUUACACAAGCAGUGUUGCACAUAUUGCUAUGUUAUAGACCCCAAUGUGGUCUUAACUGUGUAGAUAAGAGAGCAGGGCAUUAAUAACAAAUUUUUCUUUAUCAAAGAUACUUAAGUUAUAAUCAUAAAAGAAUCAAUCCAGUAAAUGUGUAUCUGAUAUAAAAAUAAAUUGACCAAAAUACAAACUGACUUGGCAACUGUUCUAAAGGAUAUUUGUAACAUCAUUAUUUCUCUACUAAAACUGUUUUUAUUCAAAAACCUUGGAUUAAAGCUCUGUGCAUACCACUGGCAGGCAAGUAUUGUAAAUAUAAGUAAAUCAAUGUUUGUCCUAGUCACUAUUCGUAAGUGGAAUUCUUUGCCUGUGCACAUGUUCCCACUUUUCUACAAUCUGGGGUUCUUUGAAAGAGGCAUGAAAAAGCAUUUCUGCAGGCUGGCAAGAUGAAGAUUGUUGGUGUGGCAGUAAAUAACUGCUGUACCAGCUAUUUUCGCGUCAGGACUUGACCCCCAUUUAUCAUCAGGUGGGUGGGGUACAGUCAUUUGCAUAGCUAGCUUAAAAAAAUCUAUCCACAAGAAAAACUGUGCCCAUAAAAGCUUGAUGAUGAUGAUCCAGAUAUAUAAUAAAAACCUUGUCACAGCUAUAAGAAGUAUAAUAUUUAUAUAUCUAAUUAUUUAUUCCCCAAAGUAUUACGUAAACCAUAAUACAUUAUUGUUAUAGAAGAUAUUCAAGUAAUAAACUAUCAUGGUAUAUGAAUAUUAUAUUUUAAAUAAUAAUUCAUUUAACACAAUACCUUGACCUGACUUGCAUAAAUGUUCAAAAGUACAAAGCAUUGUUUUUAUUCAUUCACAUAUAACCACAAUACUCAUAAAUAAUGCAUAUACAAUACCUUAAGUAUAAUGAAGCAAGUGUACAAAAACUCGAUUUUGUGAAAUCACUUCUGUUUUUUUAUAGAGGUAGACAAAUGAUUCUAACCCACCUGAUGUUAAGUGGUAGUAAAGUCCAAACGCGAAUAUAGCUGGUACAGCAAUUAUAAACUGCUACACCAAUCAUCCUCACCUUGCUGGCCUGCAAAAAUGCUUCUUCACACCUCUUCUAAAGGACCCCGGAUUAUAGGAAGGAGGGAACACUUGCGCGGGUAAAGAAUUCCAAAGUAUAUAUUCUUCAAAGUAUACUAAAGAACAAAUAGUUUUAUGAACCAAUGAAAAUUUGAUUUGUCAUAAGAAUUAUACAUAACUUUCAAUGAAGUCAUCAAAAAAUUAAGACACACUGGAUUUUCUGCUUGGAGUGCCUGUCUCCAGAAAUAACCCUACCUAACAGAAACUGGGAGACAAAUAAUUAGUGUUUAGCAUUGUGGUUGUUGAGAUAUAGCUUCACUGUCACAUGUGUUCAGGGUAGGCAAUAUACAAGUGAACUCCCAAUAAUGUUUAAAGGGUCAUUCAUUUCACAUGUGACCUUUUCCAGUUUUUUAAAGUUGUAAAUAUUUUCUUAAUAGCUUAAAUUAAUGAUAAGAUGCCAAAACAUCAGAAUUUGAUAGAAAAUACAUGUUUUCCUUCAGGAUCACUGCUUAAUUAUCUUUUAUAUGUAUGUGACCUGUAACACCGAUUAUAUCGGAUGACCCAAAAGGUUAUGGACUGUAACUUUUUGUCACAUGUACCAUAUGCAAGUUUGUUCCCCUUUUUACUUAGAAAACUGCAUUUUUUUCUUGGAAGACAUAGUGUACCAUACUCAUCCCUAAAACUACAUUAAGAAAAACAUGCACAAUAUGGUGUAUAUAAAAGAUAUAACAUUUACAGCAUGCAUUCAAAAACUUAUCACAAAACAGAUGUUCAGUUAUUCAUUGUAUUUAAAAAUAGGUUAACAAAUAUGCAAUGUAGGUAUUUGUCUAGAUGAGAGAUAACACAAUAUACUUUUUUUUGAGAUAAGAAUUUGUUAAAAGCGCAGUCAAACAAUAAAAUUUGACUCAAACUAAAGUAAUGAAUGCUCACACUAAAUAGGCACUUGUCGAGUUGCGGAAAAGACCCACCUUGUUGAAGAAGUAAUGAAUGGAUACAAACUUUUCCAUUCAUAUAAGAAAAACAAGAUGCAAAAUGGAAAGUUUUGACGUUAAACAAAGUACAUUCCGUAUUUAAACUUUUUAAGAUAUUUCUUUAAAUUUUGCCACUCUCUAGAAAUGUGGAAAACUUCAAGUCACAUAAGCUUUAGUUUCUGAAGUAUUACCGACUACAAUCUAUUAAUGCAUAUUACAUUAUGCUAAAAUUAAAAAAAUUGAGGUGAAAAUUGUACAGUUAAAUGUGUUUCAUACCUACUUUCUCAACAGAAAUAGCUUGAAGCAAUAAGCAACUUUUGAAAACUUACUAAUGGAACAAUCUGUUAAAGGCCCAAUGUUAUGAACAACAAAAACUUUUUUUCCUUGAUGAACUUUUACAAAGAGUGAGAAAUUUUCAUAUCACUCAAGGAAUAUUUAAAAAAGCUACUCCAAUUAAUAAAUAAUAAUCUAGAUUCAGACACUUCAAUAUUGGUUAGAAUCACUUAUUUCUUUCAGCAAUAUGCUUGUUGUCAAUUCAAACAGCUGAUUUGCUUGCAUCACACUGUCACUCACACAUUCAUAUUGGCAACUAUUACAAAUGUGCACAAAGGAAAUGUUUGUGUUCCAUACAUUGACAUUAUUACUGUUUUACCUUUUUAUUGAUCUGUAUUUGUGUCAAACUUAUUUCUUUGGUUCAAAAUUGGGGCAAACUUUAAUUAUGCCAUGAAAACAAAAAUAAAACUAGAAAAAUAAGCACCACCUGCAGGGGGCUCCAACCGGGGCCCAAUUGAGAUUGCCGUCCGUUGGGGUUGUGCUGCGAGCCACCAGACAUCGUGCGCGGAGUCGUCGCGACAAUGUUUACAACACGUACUCAACACAAAAUCGUCAACAAACACUCUCUCAGUCCACCAUAAUGAUGCCGGCAACUUAGAAGCCUUCGCCCGCGUAACUGCGCUCCUUUACGACGUGUACAGAAACUUCUGAAACGUUUUCAUGUGUGCCCAUUAAAAUUCUUAGUAUCCACUGCAUACCACGAGUAUUUCUAUUAAGGGACACUUUUAUUUCACUGUCAUUUAGAACUCAGUUCAAAGAAAACUAGAAUUAUUUGGUGCAUGGUAUGGUGUUCUCGAAUCUGAUGCUCGCUUCGCGUGACAUUUUGAACGCAUUUACGUUUUGAAUUUAACCACUAUUACAGCUUAAAAUGUUCUGAUUUAGAUUUACCGAAUACUUGUCACUGUACCUUUUUAAAGAAAAUGCUAUAUUUCACCGUAAAGUAUCACAAAAAAGGAAAAAAUCAUCAAACUAUUGGGUAAAAUCGCCUUCAACAAUGGUGGCCGAUUGGGAUUUUGAAAGCACAUACAGUGCCAUCUUGUGACAAAACUUAAAAGCAUGUCGGUAAAACAGUUCAACGGAAGUAAGUUGUCUAUGGAUGACGCAAUUUUUGCAUCAUAUUUUAAUAAAAUUAUUCUUGAAAUAUGAACGAAAAUUUUAAAAUAUCUUCUUUAAAAAUAAGAAUUAAAUAACCUCAACUUUAAUAUUACUAAAAACCACAGACAAAUUGAAUUUUUAUGGUUGGUAUAGCAACAUCUGUUGCUAUAGGAACCAUUGUUUUGUUUGUAUUGCUGUCAAUGCUAGGGAUGUGGUUGCGUUUAUGUUAUUGUGUACAGCGUAUUAAAAAAAUUUUUUUCAAUGAAAGACAACGAAGUUACUAAGUUUUUGGUGUCGUUUAGUGGCCAGAUAGAGUACACUGUUUUCCCAGGCGGCGUAUUUGAUGAGCGGUUGUAUGUACAGUACGAUACAGUUUGGGGUCCGGAUUGGAGUCCACUGUCCGGUAUCACAUCAGGGACUACCCAAAUGGCGUGUUCGGGGAGCGACCCUGAGCGGGUGGUGUUCAAUAUGCCUAUCGAAAUGGUUUUUAGCAGUACUUAUGCAUUUGGGUGGCCGCAGUUGGUCAUCACGGUGCGAGCGCAAAAUUCCAUUGGCGGUGACUCCCUCCGUGGGUACGCGUUAGUACUACUGCCCCCAACCGUCGGCACCAGACACGUGACGUCACCUCUAGUGCGGCCGAAAUCAGCCACAUUGCUAGGCGAGUGGCUCUCCUGGAUCACUGGACGGUACCCGGAAUUGGCUGACCCAAAGAUGCUGGCCAGUGGCAAGGAAAACUAUUUACUGCGAACCGAGUCGUAUGGUGCCGUCACCUUGGUCCUCACGAUGGUGUCCAAGGACAUGCGCAAACUGGGCUACGACAAUCAACCACCGCCUUACAGAAAUACAUGAUGACUGUUGAGCAUAGUACUCCAGUAAAGUAUAAACUUCACAGGAUUUUAGAGGGUCAUAAGAAUGUUGUAAAAUAUGAUGUAAGUACUUGUAUAAGUAA